AUGUCUGAACGAUGUUCAAUUUGUGGUUCAGAAAAAUACGGGAUGGCGAACAAGGCCUCUGAGCCUGAGAAGAGCUUAUCACAGACGAUUAUCAAUGUGCAAUACAUCAACAUUCACAAUGCUUCUGGCAAGGUUGAUGCAGAGGAUUCGACCAAAGUACGAACACAUGUUAUGCAGCAUGCUCGUCGAAAUACUCGGCACUCACCAAACCUGGCUAUGCGUCCUCCUCGAAGAUCGUCUCAGAGAGAGAUACGUGCAAAAGCGACUUGUACGUGCGGGUAUCAAACAGCAGCUGUCCAGAUGAUGAAUGCAAGACCUCAAAUACAGACAAUGCUUAGUGCUGGAAGAUAUGACCCAUUUCUGCGUCUUGAGACUGGAACUGUUCCGACGCGAUAUCAUGAGCUCGUGGAUUAUAAUGUACACACAGUGUGGACUAAAAUUCGGAGUUCUGAAUUUGCAUUUGCAUAUGCACGGGACUGGCUUAACAGAGCAGCUAGAAACCCAAUAGUCCUAAACAUGGUCCUCUUCACAGCACUAACCCACCUCGAAAGCAACCGCGGUCCCCUCCCCUUCUCCGGCUCCAAAGAAAAUAUUCGCCUGGAGCAGUUCCAAUACAAAGGAGAAGCACUACGUGGGAUUCUCGACACCCUCAGAAACGGAAACCAACUCGAUUCUGAUGAACUGGUCCAGAGCAUGCUAUUCCUCGGCAUGAACGAGACGCAGGAUGAGGAGGACCCACCAGACUGGUCACCUUUCUCCGCGCCGCUUCGGAAUUUGCAGUGGCUUGAGAUCUAUGGCGUACGGAAAUACCAUAUGGCUCAUGUGAUCGCAGCGGAAGAGAUUAUCAAGAGAAGAGGUGGGAAUCGGAAUAUCGGUGCUAUUGGUCUGCCUUGGUGUAUUGCAUGUUCAGAGCUCAUAGCCUGUGCGACGACACUUGAUCGACCACAGCACGCAUUACUCGAUCCAUAUGGUCGCGAUAUUGAGUACCGUUUGUUGAGUACUCAUAGCAUCCUUGCAGAUUCAGCUUAUGAAUCCCAGGUAGCAGCACACGGCUUAUCAUACUUGGAAGCCGGUGGUUUACACGACGAAUUCAUCAACGUAUUCUUGAGGAUGAAAGAUUAUUCUGAAACAGUUCAAAUCUACGAGAAUAGCUCUAAUAUUCCAGAAGCUUUAGCCGAUAACAGAAACUGGGUUCUCCAUCACCUUUUGUCCCUACCUUCACCACAACAUCAUGACGACAUGUUUUUAGAAGACACACGUAGGAUGAAACACUGUUACGAAGCUUGUCGCCUAGCAGCCUUAAUCUACUGCAUCCACGUCAUCUUUCCUACUCCACGCUCCCUUCAGCCUCGGCAGAAACUCUUAUCGCUACUAAGGCCCGUGAUUGAAGAGAUUGAUCUGUUGAUGGCGAGUAGAGAGAUGGUCGAGCUGGUGUUAUGGUGUGUUGUGAUUGGCGGUAUCGCUGCUUUGGGACAGAAUCAGAGGCCAUGGUUCACGGGGCAAUUAAAUAUUCUAGCUACUAUUUUGAAGAUAAGGGAGUGGGAUGAGGUGAGGGUUAUUAUGAAGAGGUUUUCUUGGGUGGAUUCGGCGUGUGAUGUCGAGGGCGAGAGGUUGUUUAACCAGAUGGAAAUGCAGUAG